UCUGUUGUUCCUUCAUAAUCUGGGUGACUUCAAUAUUCUUUACAAUGUAGAAAACAUAUUGAAUUAGAAGGUGUCUCCAAACUUUUGACUGGUACUUUAAGAGCUAAAAUCCAGAUCAUUACUGCAUUGCUUCAGUUGAAAUGCUGCUGACAGGAGGUUUGGCCUGCUUUGUCCUAGAGCUAAAUUUCCCAAGCAGUAAAACCCUCCCUCCCUACUCUCCAUUCCUUCAUACAGACCUGCCCCAACUCUCAACCCUCUCACACACACCGUUCACUCUGCGUCUUUUCUGGAGUAGUGUGUUCACUAGUAUGUUCACGUCAAGGAUUUUGACUUUUUCUGGGUCAUCUUGUGCUUGGGAUAUUGGAUUAUGUCAUGCUGACAUGACUGAAGCUACCACUGUUAGUAGAGGUCUGGGGUUUAGGCCGGGCCUGGUAAAGAGAACUGCUGCUGGUUCGAGGCUUGAUAUGGGACUAGCUGUAGCGGUUGGUUCAUCACCAGCCACUUCCUUCAUGAGUCACACUAUCAGACUCAGAAGUGAAAUGAUGACCUCGUUACCUGGAUCUACCUCAGGGCUUGAUGAUGGUGGCUUUGGUCUGUUCCGCUUUGAACCAAUGGAAGAAAUCAAAUCCAGAGUGAGAGAAUUGCAGGAGGAAAGCAAAGCUCUGGAGGCCAGACUGGCAGAGCUAACUGGAGGAGUGGAUAGCACAGCUAUGGAGACUGAUGCUGUGGUGAACAUAGAGGAACAACAGCAAGUCCAGGUCCAGGGGGAGUACUGUAAGGAGUUGGAGCAUCUGGCUUUGGACACAAUCAGACUUCACAGAAUGCUAAACAACAUUAGAUCAACUGCACUUGAGCUAAAGGCCCAAUAUGAUAUUAAACAGGAAUUUAGAGUGCUACUGGAAGCUGACACUGCUGCUAUGAAGAAGGAAAUUAUGAUGACUUCAAGAUUGCAGUUGAAUUUACAGACUAAGAAAGCAAGACUAAGGGAUGAACUGUAUUUCAUUAACAUAAUCCAGCAUGAGAUGCAACACAGGCAGCCUGACUUUUGGGGACCUCACGUGACUCUACUGGGGCCUACUGAAACUGAGAUCACAGCUUGCAAGAUGAAACUGCAGGCCCUUCUCAUACAGUUACACAACCUUACUGGCGUGAACCAAAGUUUAAACAGAACUCUGGCAAGAACUCACUUUCAGGCAAACUAUGUAAUUUCACGAUACCAGGCCCAGAUUGCCAGACUAGAAGCAGCCAUUGAGGCAGCUAAAAGUGAACUUCAGGAACACAUCAUUACCCACAAAGAGGUGCAGGACUUGAUGCAGGCUCUGGGUGCUGAAACUGCAACCUACUGGGCACUUUUGGAUGGUGAGGAGCUAAGCGCCUCGAUACAGAUCAACCGCACUUCAUCCUCAAUGAACCUAUCGGAGUCUGUGCCCGACUCUAACAGAACCUCCUCCCCUCUUAAUACUGUCCAGACUGACAUCGCUGCAGAGGCCCAACCUGAGGAAACAGAGAGCAUUACAGCCAACGAGUGACCGCAGUAAACAACAUCAACAGAGCAUAUCGUCGCUGUCCAAUGAAAAACACUUAUCUCCAAAACACCAACUUUACAGGAGAGAGAAAAAACCUUGUAAAUUUUCAAUGGAAGUCAAUGUAAAAAGAGUUUGUUUCAGGUCAUUUUGAAGAGUUUCUAUUGGUCCGUUCAUCAAGAAAUUUUGCAACAGUGUAAGGGACAAUUUGUCUGUUCAAAUUAUGUAGUAAACUAAAAAUCGACAAAAAUGGAGAUAAGUGUUUUUCAUAGGACAGCGACGAUAUAGAUCACUUCUGUACUCUACAACACUGAUAAUAAUUCACAAAGAGUCAUCACAUGUGCUGAAAAAGCAACAAGCUCUACAAACACAUCAGCAUUUUUGAUGCUAAACUGACUCUAAAAAGGAGAAUGGCAUCACUGUUGUUGAGAUAUUGCACAAUGUAACUUUGGUGGAGCUGCUCAAGACCCAAGGCAAAUUCUGUGCUUCUGUGUAGAAUCUACACAUAGUGACGCAGUAGUGAUCAGACCAUAUCAACUGUGAUUGGUCUGCUUGCUCUGCUUCGCCCCUAUUUAUAAACUUUUAAAACAAAGAUGAACGAGAGAUUAAUCAUGAAUUAUGCAUACACUGAUCUGAGAUAAAUGGUUCCAGAAGAUGAAACAAAUCAUUAAACCUACCUACAGUGUAUUUCUUUGUAGUAUGCCACGUGGUAACUCUUACACCUGCAUAAGUUGUGAGGUGUUAUCUUGUGAGGAAGGUUAAACACUGGCCAGUGUGCUCAAGACAACUCUUCUUGGUUUGUCUCCUCAGUAUCUAUGUAGCUUGAUACACUAUUCAUCUUCUGCCUAUAACACCCAUACUGCUCAGCGCAUCAUGUUACAGGUCCCCAAGAUUAAUGCAGUACUUGGUCUAUCAGAAUUUCAAGCUGUUGCAGCCAAAGACUGGGACUAGCUGCAAAACAACAUUAAAACUGAAUAUUGGAAUUUUAUUUCUAAGUCAACUUUUUCUAAGUCUGAAAAAGAAAUCUGUCAGAAAUUUUAAAUGAGAAAUGUUAUUGUUACAGGUCUGAUAUUGUCUGAUGUUUAUCAUUGUCUGUUGCCUGGCUGCCAUUGUAAAUAAGAAGGUGAUCUUA